AUGGGCUGCAAAGUGGCCAAGCCCCACAGCCAGAACAAAGCUGCGCAAGCGGUGGCCUUCAUUCCCAUUGACAUGGUGCCGACUGUGGAGUCCAAUGUAUCCACGGACGAUGUUGGCGAUGGGGCGGAGGACUUCGAGCACAUCGAGCAGGUCGCAGAGGAAGACCUCAUCAUCCGCGUACCUGGAGAUGUAUCAAGAAUACCCGGCGUGGGCACGCCCAUCUCGACCAUGGCGGAAACACUCCCUAUCCGAGUGAAGGAUGCCUCCAGCAUCCUGACGAUGAAUGCCGCACAGUCUGGCUUUUGCCGGUGCUGUGCCGACUACCUCAAGCAUUUGCGGCCCAAAAGGAGCAACACUUCCGUAGGUGCCAUGGGUUGCCAAAGUAGCAAGGGGGCUGUCCAACCCAAGCGGUCGUGCCUCUGA